GCGUCAUAACUGCUCCUCCCUGGCCAGCCCGCUUCUGCUGCGGAUCUGCUUUCGCUUUACUUCCUGAGACUAUGGGGGCUCUCCUGAGUGGUGGCCAGGAUGGACCGGAGCCCGUGCAACCCCAGCCUCCAGCACCUCAGGGUCCGCAGCAGCCUCAGCCAGAACCUGGCCCGUGGGGGCCACUGGACGAUGUGCGCUUUCUAAUCGCCUGCACGUCCUGGUACUGACCCGGCUACCCCUGGCCUUCGUGCCCUCCUGGGCCUGACCUAGCUUUUAUCGCCUCACCCUGUGAUUUCCUGUCUCACUCCCUCUGGGCAGAGAGAGAUUCAAGAUAGAUCAUGGAGACUAAAAGGCCCACAGGGCCACUUCGGAGGAUUGCACCACAACUUCAGACUUGUUCCCUUCCUCGACAUCCCCCAACAAGCUCAUCCCCAAGUCCCCUUUAGCUCUCUGUCCUUGGGCAGCCUUUCCUGAAGCAGAAGAGCCAGGACCAGAUGAGGCCUUCUCGAAGGAUCAUGACGCUGUUGAAUUCUGGUUUCUCCCUCACUAGAACUGAGCUGCUGCAGGUGUCCCAGGCCAUGGCCGCAUGUGCGGGUCUCCAGAGAACCUUGCCUUGCCACAGUGACCCUCCCACACCCCUGAGGUUCCUGGGGGCGGGGGGGGGGCAUUGACUACUGGUUAGAAGAUGCAUGAGGCAACCGCAGAACCACACUCCCAAGCUACCCUUUUCUCCUGAAGCUUCUUUAGGGCACACAUAUGCCCUGGUCUUUGUUCCUACACCCCAGGGAAAAGACACUGUAUUUCUGUUUUAUUUAGAAAUGAUUUAAAAAACAUUGUACAAAGGCUGAUCAGUUUAAAAUGUGACCGACACUGAAAUGCUGUGAUGUCACCCAGGCUGAGGGGAAGCUGAGCUCUGGGGGGGCUCCAGUACUUUGCCCCUCUGACUGCUCUGACCUGGGCUGAUGGACAGACAGAUGACCACAGGCAGAAGAAUCCAAGAUUGGAAGCCUCUAGGCUGAGCCCUCUCUGGGCCCGGCCCUGCACCCCUCACAUCUGCAGCCUGGGCUGCCUGCUUCCACCUCCUGCUCUUUCUCAGCUGGCCUUGGAAUGCCAGGAGUCAACAGGGAGCCUGCGGGGCCUAGAGCUUUCAAGAAGUGAGAGCACCAAGCUGAGGAGAGGGACCAGGAAACUAGGGGAGGGAGGCCCAGAAGAGAGGACUAGAAGAGACAUUGAUCUCAGGCCCUGGAAGGACCCACAGAUGGGGACACAGACCCAGCCAGGGUCACUGGAUGGCAGGGGCAGAUAAGACCUCCUUGUGCUUCAUCUGAGGGUAAGAGGAGAAUUACCCUCAGCCUCUCAGAGCCUAUAGGAGUUCCGUGUGAGUGGACAGGUGUGAGCUAAUAAAGUGCUUUGCAAAGUAUAAAACACUA